AUGGCCCAAUCUCAGUACGGCACCGCGCAGUCCAGCCCGAGCAUCUCGGCAGCCACGCCCGCCGCCCGCCCGCGCUCCAACGAGCAAUCCCAGCCGCCGCGCUCGCAGUCGCAGCAGCGCGAUGCAGACGCCGACGCCCAGCAAAACGCCCAGCACAAGCGCGUCUACCAGGCCUGCAUCCCCUGCCGCCGCCGAAAGGUCCGCUGCGACCUGGGCAGCGUCGACAACCCCCACGACCCGCCCUGCGUCCGCUGCCGCCGCGAGAGCAAGGAGUGCUACUUCUCGGCCACCCGCCGCAAGCGCAAGACGGACGACGGCGAGGGCAGCGACGCCGACGAGUACGUCAUCCGCAAUGGCCGCAAGAGGCUGCACGCCGCCGCCUCCCCGCCGCCUCGCCUCGACCGCCGCUUCUACAGCGACGUGCCUUUGACCCCCGGCGGCUCCCAUGGCCGGAGCCAACCCCUGCGGCGGCCCGACGGCUCCCGCGUGAGGGACAGGAGGAAUGGCGAGUUUGAUGGCGAAGGCGACGCAAACCAGCAGCUCGAGAACCUCGAAGCCCAGACGGUGAUGCGUCGCGAGAUGUAUGGGCCCCAUGACGCCCUCGACCUCCUCUACAAGGCAGCAACGGACAGCCCGGCCGCUAACCACAGGAGAGAGGGGAGCACCGCCUCGGGCACCACGGUGCCCGCGCCCCAGCCCACGCCGAAAGAGCCUACUGGCCGGGAAGCUCCGCGGCCGACCUCCAUGUCCGUCAAGCUGGAGCAUCAACAGCAGCUGCACCAGCAGCAGGCUGUCCAGCAGCCCAUCGACCCCGAUCUGGCCCAGCAGCCCGGCAUACGGAGCAACCCUGGCUACCUCAGCGCCCUGAGGGCCUGGAGCCGCUUCCGUUUCGUCCGCGCCGGCUGGUUCACGUCGCAAGAAGCCAUUGAGUAUAUCGACUACUACUACAAGUAUCUCUCGCCGAUGACGCCCAUAUCACCCCCGACUUUUAGCGACCCGUCCUCGCAUAUAACGUUGUUGACGGAAGAGCCCAUUCUCACCGUGACGCUGCUCACCAUUGCCUCGCGGUAUCGCCAGAUGCCGGGCACCGGCGGGCACUGUCGAUCGCACGCCAUCCCCGAUCAGCUAUGGAACUACCUGAGAGGCAUGAUUGAGCGUUGCCUCUGGGGCCAAGAAGCCUUUGGCGGUGGCUUCUGCGGCUCUGGUGGCUCUUCAGCGCUCAUCAUGGAAGAGACGGACACGAGCAGCACCGCCCCUUGGCGCGGCAUGCGCAAGGGGAGCCUGAGGACCCUCGGCACCAUCGAAUCCCUCUUGAUCCUCACUGAGUGGCACCCGCGGGCGUUGCACUUCCCUCCCCAGGAGGCCACCGACGAGCUGAUGCUCCCCGACUACGACGCGACACCUAUGGUGGGUGUCGAUCCCACGAGAAACGUCGGUGCCGGGUUCGGCGGAAAGCGAAUCGAGAGCUGGCUCGAGCCUGCGUGGAGGAGCGACCGGAUGUGCUGGAUGCUCCUCAGCACGGCAAUGGGGCUGGCGUACGAGCUUGGCGUCUUCGACGACAUCGACGAGAUGCUCAAGGACGAUGCCAUCACUCGACCCGAGUUCCAGGACGAAGGCUACCGGACGAGAGCGAACCGUAUCAAGCGGUUGCUCCUCAUCUACACGUCUCAGCUGGCCGGCCGUCUCGGCUGGACUAGCAUGACCCCUGAGCAUCUGCGCAAGGCCGAUCCCGCCGUGGCGAGGAGGCGCACAAUGUCGAGCGACGGUGCCACGCCCAGCUCCUCGUCCUUGGCGAACGGCUUCAACUACGUUCCAGACCUUGAGCUCGAUGACCAAAUCAUUCACUGCUGGGCAGGCAUCAGCAACGCCAUGCAUCUUGGAAACGAGAAGCUGUUCCGCUCGCGGCAACAUACCACGGAAAUCAUACAGACCGGCAAGUACGUCGAGUUGCUGCGAGAGUUUGCUCCCAUGCUUCGAGACUGGUACCGCGAGUUUGAACUUUUCCGUCUGCCUCAAUUCAUCAGGCACAUUCUGACCAUUGAGUACGAAUACGUGCGCAUCUACGUCAACUCCCUGUCGCUGCAGGCGGUCGUCGAGCGAUGCACCAACAAUGCCGGCAACACGGCCGCAGCUAAUGGCGACGGACAGGCGACGAAUCAGCAGCUGUCGCCGCAAACCAUGAUAAACUACGGCAAGCUCCCGCUCGGACAGCUGGGCGGCUUCACCGUGCAUGAUCAAGAGUACGUUCGCGAGGUGGUGGACGGAUGCAGGAACUUGCUUCGGACGGUCGUCGAGGGUCUGCUCCCUGGCGGAUACCUCAAGCACGCCCCGGUGCGCACAUACUUCCGCAUCAUCAGCGGCGCCAUGUUUCUUCUCAAGACGUUUGCGCUGGGUGCCCCGCGCUCCGACGUGAAGCUGAGCAUCGAUCUCAUGGACGCAACGGUGGAGGCCCUCCGCAACUGUGUUGUGGACGACGUCCACCUUGGCAUCCGCUUCGCGGACCUCCUUGAGACGCUCACGAGCAGGCUGAGGAACCGCUUCAUUCAGGCCCCCACCAUGCAGCAAUCCUCGGGCAGGGGCCAGAGCCCCCAGCCCGAAGGCGCUGGUGCCGCAGGACCGAACGGGGAUAGCACCGCCAACUGGGUUGGCGGGCAUGCCCAACGGCUGCGGGAGGGCCUCAAUGGGCAGUACCGCGCUGGGUCUCCCACUGCCGAGGGGAACAACAUCUCGGCCACACCGUUUGACCUGUCAGCGGGCAACUUCCCCUACCCGGGCACCACCUCGAUUGGUCCGUCGACGCCGGCGGCUCAUGUCGACAGCCAUCAUCCGCCAGGCGGCGGCAUGGACAUGCAUAUGUUUGAGGAAUGGAACAACGCGGGCAACGAGAUGUGGUACCUACCGCCGGGCCCGGCCUUCUUCCAGAACAUGGAGAACAGCUCCGUCGCCAUGACGGCCGAGGGAGUCAACGUCGGCGGGCUGGACCUGCUCGAGUACAUGGCCAUGGACCCCGUGCAGUUCUCGGGCAUCGGAGAAGGCCCCGGGUCUGCGAAUGGCGCCAACAGCGGCAACAACAACGGCGGCAGCAGCGCCGCCUAA